CUGACGGGGAGGUUGUGUCACAUUUGACUCUGUAUACAUCGCGAUGUUCAAAUAAACUAUCAAUAUACAUUGCGAACUUUUUUAUGGUACAGAUAUGCAUCAUGAUCACCUCCUUAAUUGAGUCGGGUUGCAUGUACGGGUCUUGUAUGUAAAUAAAUAAUUAGUGACUAUGUGUGGAGUGCAAAGUGUCGAUAAGUAGUGUCAAGUAUGGUCGCGAGAACAAUUAAAAGAGAUAAACGUGCAUGGAACCAGUUUAAGUUUGUCCUUUUGCAUCUUUUGUUCACUUUUCAUGCGACAAAAGCCCAAAGCCGGGCACCCAGGAUAAAGGAGCAUCCAUCAGAUACAAUAGUUGGUAGAAGUGAACCUGCAACCUUACGGUGUGUGGCUGAAGGUAAACCCAAGCCCACAAUCCAAUGGUAUAAGGAUGGCGUUCCACUUGCACCAACCGAUCAUCCCCAUAGAGUUCUUCUUGAAGAUGGACUAUUAUUUCUCAGGGUUAUGCGUAGUAAGAAGGAAAGCGACGAUGGUGUAUACUGGUGUGUCGCUCGUAACACCGUCGGGGAAGCGGUUAGCAAGAACGCCACCUUAACAAUUGCUGUCUUACGCGAUGAGUUUAGAAAUGAACCUAGAGAUGUUAAAGUAGCCAGUGGCGAAGCAGCGUUACUUGAAUGCUCUGCUCCCCGAGGAGUUCCUGAACCAUCUGUUCAUUGGACAAAAGAUGGGCAUAGUUUAGAUAUAGAAGUUAAUGGAAGAGUCACUAUUAUAGAUGGAGGUAGUUUAAAAUUUUUAGAAACUAUAGCUUCAGAUAGCGGUGUAUACAGAUGUAUUGCAUCGAAUGUUGCCGGAGAGAGGCAAUCACGACCAGCGACAUUACUCGUAUUACGAAGACCACAUUUUCUUGUGAAACCUAAUAAUAUAACGGCUUUGAUAGGACAGAACAUCGAGUUUCAUUGUCAAGCCUCACCCGAGUCAGAUGUAUCUGUAACGUGGUCAAGGGAUAGAGGUUCAUUAUCUCUGUAUGCGAUAAUACGAAGGGGUUCGUUAAGAAUAGAUAGGGUAGUAGCGUCGGACGGAGGUACUUACACAUGCCGAGCUGAGAGUCAAGCAGGUUUUAGUGUUGCUACAGCAACCCUCACAGUACAUUCUUUACCACAAUUUACGAGGGUACCAUCAGAUCAAACUGCUUGGGAAGGCGAAUCAGUUUCAUUUCCCUGUGAAGCUGAAGGCACACCAAAACCUGUAGUAUUUUGGACGAUGGAAGGUUCUCAGGAAUUAGUAUUUCCAAAUUCAGAACACGCUACCGGGUCUCUUUAUUUAGAUCGAGUCUCAACACAACAUGCAGGCAGAUUGACUUGCGUAGCAGUUAGUGCUGCAGGAAGCACUUUACAUACUGCAACUCUACAGGUAUUAAGACGAGAAGCAAAUUCAUUUAAUAGUAACUCUGAAUCGUCAUCUCCAUAUCCUGAAUUAAAUAAACCACAAAAUCAUCCCCCCAUGACUCAAUAUGAGCUUGUUCAGGCCCGUCGUUAUUUACAACAAGAUGUCUUAGUUUUAAGAAGAGUCGAGGGGAUAUCUUCGACAACUUUGAAAAUAGUUUGGGAUGUUUUAACGGAUUACAAUGAAUAUUUAGAAGGAGUAAAAAUUUGGUUUAAUGGUACUUCCUUGAAUCGACAGCAAGCAAUUGAUGUACACAACACACAACAAAAUAAUAAUUCUUUAGAAAGUUUUAUUGAAUUAACAAAGUACGACAAUUUUUCUAUGACUACUGUUCAUAAUAGUGGCUCAUCCAGCCAUUUAUUAACAGGGUUGAUACCUUAUGCUCAGUAUAACAUAUUUUUGAUGCCCUUUUACAAAUUAUUGUUAGGUAAACCGUCUAACAUGAAAAGUGGUGUUACGGAAGAAGAUGUCCCUUCGGCAUCUCCACAAAAUAUUUCCGCUGGUGUUAUUAAUGCUACAUCAGCUUGGAUCCGAUGGGAUCCACCGCCUGUUCACACAUGGAACGGGGAUCUAUCUGGUUACUUGAUCGAAGUACGAGUAGGCGCUGGUAGCAACGGCCGAGUGGUAGGUCAGAUGUCAUUAGGUGCUCGCACUCGGGCAGCGGCAGCUAGCUCCCUGCGAGCCGGUGGACGGUAUAGCGCUCGAGCUGCCGCUGUCACGCGCCGCGGUCACGGGCCUUUUAGUGCCCCUGCGCAUAUACACAUGCUUCCCACGCACUCACCGAGACAUUACGUUCAAACUGAACCUGCGACCGACAAGGCGAUAUUAUCAAUGUUUCAGGAAACUUGGUUAUUAGUGUUAAGCAUAAUCAUAUUAGCGAUAAUAGUUACAGGUGCCAGUGUUUUUAUUUAUUUACGACGGAGACAAAUAAAACAAAGGAAAAAUCAUAACUCAGCUGGUACUCCCAUAACGAACACCCAAUGUUUGUUAGGCAAAGAAGCAGUUUGGCUUCGCGAGAGACCUUUAUACGAAGACUCAACCGAACCCCGAAUAGAAAUAUUAAACUGUCACCAAAGCUUAUUACACAGCGGUCAUACAAUUGGCACAAUGGCCAUGGAAGCUGAAUAUAGUCUUCCACAACACACAAGUGCCUUAAAUAUGAUGGCACAAGAAGAUACGAGACGACACGCUCCAGAACCUUAUGCGUCUAGCGCUAUUUAUACUGAAUUACACUAUCAGGACCAUACAGACGCGGAGGAUUCAUGCAUAAAGUGUGCUGUGAGUCCAGAAUCUUACGACAAUAGUAUGGUUAGAUCGUUUGCAGACAGUAAUCAAUAUUCCAAUGAAGAAUGUUCCACGUGUUGUCGUAGUAGUAGUUCAACAUUGACUAAAGAUUACAGUGAUAUGACGAAAUGUGGAAACGAAGUUGAUGACGUACAAGAUUUAUCUUUAGAUGAAUGUCCAUCUUGUAAGACAACACAGUCAAGAUCAUCUAGUCACCAUGAAGGUAAUAAAGAAUGGACGGCCAUAGCUGAUGUUGAGUACGACUAUCCUCAAUGGCAAUGGUUAGGAAGAGAAAAUAGCUUUAGACAAAUGACUCAAAAUUCUAAACAUUCGAGUCAAAGUCGACGAAGCGACCAAAACUGUAGAAUGAAUUUAUGUGAUAUUCUACCACCGCCUCCAUACGAAAGGGAAACAACGUACAGGGAAAUGCAUGCAUUUACUAACAAUUCUGGAGCGUCCGGUUGUUCUGGACAUUCGUACCGAAGUUAGUUAAUUAAACGAUAUGUAUUAUAGAUUUAAACAAGCAAUACUAAUUUAGGAACAUGUACAUAAACAAUGUAAAAAAAGGUUGUCAAAAUUUUACGAUAAGAGAUUUAUCACACCACUUUAAAGGUAUUAUUGUGAAACUGAAUUCAUUGAAACUAAUUAAUCUGCCUCGUCAAUUUUAAUACAGAUUUGGGCCUAAAAAUAUAUAAAAAUAUCAUAUCAUGAAUUAUUUAAAAUAACCUCAAAGCGGUGAGAUAUAUUCUCAAGGUUGUAGUGUUGUGGACGUGUUUACAGAUAGACUGCCAUAUUACGUAAUUUAGUAGUAAUACAUAGGUUUCAUCUUUCUCUAGAGACUGUGAUAUAGUAUAAUUUUAAUUGAUAUUAUUUUGUAAAUACUUUGGAAUAUUUGAUACUAUAUACAAUUUUACCUUGAUCAUAUUUAUUGCAUGUACGUGGUAAAGUUUCGAAACAAACAUAAAUUAUAUAAUUAAUCACAUUCGUAGAAUUUUGUACUGAACCCUGGUUCUAGGAGCAUUAUUUUGAUUUGUAUAUUAUGAUUAAAGUAAUAUAACUUAAA